GCGCUCCCCUUCUAAUACAAUUGUUUUACGCUCACUUUGAUGAGUGGAGCCGGCUCCAAUAGGAUUGUGUGCUGUUUUGUUAUUGUUAUUAGUUCAGAUGAUGUCCAAAUGAAACGCUGUGAUAACUAACGACCAUUAAAUUAUAACAUUCGUUUAGUAUGGCUCCUAACUUAAAUACAACAUUGCUACUGUUCUAUGUCCUUAUUGGUUACAUUGUACAUGUUUUAGCAGCUCAAGAAAAACCAACAUUAUUUACGCCCUCCAAGUACUAUGUUCAAGUAGGCGGCGUUGCUAAACUUCCUUGUAUGGCUGCAUCCUCUCAAGAUACUUUGACAUGGUUUUCUAAGCGAGAGGAUGCAUAUCUGAAGUCUCGAUCUAGAACUGUAGUGGACCCUGUGGACAGAAAGUUAAGCUUAAAAAUUAUAGACAAGAUCCAGCUUACAGACAGUGGACACUACGUGUGCUCUGAUGGAAAGAAAAACCAAACGAUAGAACUUAUUGUCGUCAAUCCAUCGGAACCUUUACAUGUGACGGCCAAAAUGGUCAGACAACACGAAGCAAUCAUCAAAUGGAAUCCUCCCAAACGACACGCCAAUCUGGUCAAGACUUACAGACUAUUUGUCACUGACACCAGUACAAAUAGAACCAAAGAAUUUGAAGAUACAAAAACCAAGCCAAACAAAGCGGGAGAAUUUUUACUUCAGGAUUUGUUUCCUGAUAAAAUCUAUGAAAUCUCGGUGGCACCUACUUUUAUGGAAGGUACAAAUGAGCUGCCUUCCAUGUUUUACGGACCGAAAUCCAAGAUAGCCAGACUGGACACUACCAAACUGGAUGCUGCUGUUCCCGGAGUUCCAAUGAAAGUAGAAGCCGAGCCAGGUUUUAAUUCUUCCAUCCUAGUCAAAUGGCUGCCUCCUAAACCUUUACACAGUGGCGACACCUAUAACUUUAAAGUGUUUUACGAGGGCUUUGGCAAACACAAAUCUAAAGGGCAAGUCCUGGUGGAGUCCCCUAAUGAGGAGGACAUGUGGGAAGCGGUCUUGACUGACCUGCCCAUCAAAAUGAAAUACAAAAUUGAAGUGGCCGCACUAACCAAAGGACCGUCACCAGUGAUGGGCCCAAAAAGCAAGACUCUGGACUAUCGCCACGACGGAUUCACGCCUGAGAUAAGUUUGAAUGCUGUACCACUGACACCGGACACAAUUCUUGUCACUCUGGACACAGUUGGCGAUGCUGUUGUGGAGGUAUUGCGCGUGUUGUAUUCUGACGCGAGCGCCAUCGACUGGAAACGUCUUGACGAAUUCGAUGAAAAGCAAGGCUAUGGAGUAAUCACUGGACUGAAACCUAACUCAUCCUAUUUUUUUAUGGCCAAAGCAAGGGUCAGCACAAGACCACGACAGACAGUCACACAUGCUGUUACUCCUUCAUUUGAUCUGCCACUUCCCAGUGAGGUCAAGGUUAUAGCCAAAUCAGACACAAGUGCACAAGUGUCAUGGUCAACUUCUGAUAGAAGUAAAUUAAAGGGCCAUAUUGUCAUAGUGCAGAGAUUGGUAGAUGAUAACACAAUAGAAACUAUUAAGCAGUUGGCAGUUUUAGAAGACACUGAGGUGUUGGUCAAAGAUCUUAUGACCAAUGAAAAGUACCAGGUGCAGGUGAUUCCUUUCAGCACUCAAGAUAGAGGGGCAUGCAGUGAGGCUGUCAGGUUUCAGCUUGGAACAUCAGAUGUAGACACCACCACAAAAGCAUUAGAAUGGAAAAGUCCUAAUUUUGUUGAAAGUCCACCAGAAGAGCUAAACAUUAAUGAAGGUGAUGAGGUGAAAAUUGUCUGCGCUGCCGAGGGAGUGCCCACCCCAUCAGUCCAGUGGCUGAAAGACAAUGAUGUCAUAGGAUUUGCAGCGAUGGAAAGAAACGAACUGACACUACCAUCAGUUUUUGAGCCUAUGGUACUCAUGUGUCGUGCAUGGAAUAACCUCAGUGUAAUUGAGUCCAAAGUCAAUGUCAAAGUUAUGCCAAAGUCAAAAGCACCAAGUUUUACUGAUGGGCAACCAGAAUAUGUGGACGUGUCCCAUGGUGAAAGCAUCCGUGUUGUCUGUGAAGCCUCUGGCGUUCCACUCCCUACAGUUCAAUGGUACAAGAAUGAUUAUUCUAUUACCUCAAAAGUACCCAGUAGAGCGGAGUAUACCUUGUCCAGAAUCACUGAGUCUACAGAGCUAGAGUGUCGGGCCUCAAACAGUCAAGGACAGAUCUCCAAAAAAGUCUUUAUCACAAUGCAGGAUGAUUCUUCAAAGGCGCCAACUUUCAUUGAUGGACAGCCACAACGUACAGAGGUACCUAAAGGAGAAAACUACACAGCAUAUUGUGAAGCUGAAGGUGUGCCAGAACCCUAUGUUCAGUUGUUUCAAGAUGGAGCACCCCUGGUAUCAAGAAAGCCAAAGCGAGCAAUGUUUGUGAUUUCAGGAGUUUCAGAGUCCAUGGAACUUGAGUGCCGGGCAGAAAACAGAUUAGGAAAGAUCUCAAAGAAGUUAUACAUUUAUGUGUAUGACCUGCAAGACAUGAAAGGUCCAAGUUUUAAAGACAAGUUGCCCAAGGAACUUUUUGUCAACAGUGGGGAGAAAUUGAAAGUUGACUGUGCAGCAGACGGAGUCCCAACUCCAACAAUUCAGUGGUAUGUUGAUAGGUUACCAUAUGGGAGGCCAGAACAUGGACGUAUGGAUCUCCAGAUCCAGAAUGUUGAUAAGCCUGUGGUUUUGACCUGUGUUGCUAGAAAUAAUGCCGGCACCAUCCAUCAAAGAGUUUCUGUGAAAUUAAAGCCUUCUGCUCAGCCACCAAGUUUCAUUGAUGCACAGCCUGAACGUGUGCAGGCCUACAAAGGUGAUGACGUUUUGGUGACUUGUGAAGCUACAGGUAUACCUGAACCAUCUAUCCUCUGGCUCCAUGAAAACUCAGAUCUCAGCCCAGUCAGUGCCAGAAAAGCUGAUUAUACAAUUAAACAAAUUCCCAGGUCCAUUGAGCUAGAGUGUCGUGCCAGCAACACAUAUGGACAAAUCUCAAAGAAAGUUUAUAUUGAUGUAGAGGACAAGCCAGAAAAGAAAGCUCCAAGUUUUGUAGAACUGCCUCCUGAAGAAGUGAUUCUCAAAGAAGGGGGAGAACUCAAAGUUGUCUGUGCAGCUGAUGGUGUACCACCUCCAAGAGUGUACUGGCUGAAGGAUGGAGUUCCCAUUGGAGAUACAGCAUUGGAAAGGAAUGAACUGAUUAUUGCUUCUGUUUUAGAAUACGUUGAAUUCACUUGCAUUGCAGAAAAUCCCAUGAGGUCUAUUGAGAGGAAAGUCAUAGUAAAAGUACAAUCUACAUCAGAUGAACCAAGAUUUACUGAUAGUCAGCCAGAGAAAGUGGAGGCAUUUAAAGGUGAAGAUGUCCAGGUCAUCUGCCAGGCCACAGGUGUGCCACAGCCCACUGUGCAGUGGUUUCUGAAAGGAUCACCAGUCACAGGAAAAAAAAAGAGUAGAGUGGAGUAUGUUGUCUCAAGCGUCAUUGUGCCCACCGUGCUGGAAUGCCGCGCAGAAAAUAGUUUGGGUCAGAACUCAAAGAAAGUGAUUAUUUCUGUCCCAUCUGAUCCUGCUGGAAGGUCCAAGCCUAUCAUCCUAGACACUCUGCCUAGCGUUGUUGAGGUGGAAAGUGGGAAAUCAUUGACAUUGAAAUGCCAAGGCUGGGGAGAGCCAAUGCCAGGAAUAGAAUGGUUUAAAAACCAAAGCCCAGUUCGUGGUCUGAGACUGGGUGAUGAUGCUUUGGAGCUACAUGAGAAAUCAGUGACAGAAAAUGUCACAUUAUAUUGUCGUGUCAGCAACCGUCAUGGCAGUGAGGAUCAUGUGGUUAAUGUUGUGGUGAUAGAACCAUACCAGUCUCCUAUAUUAGUUUCCAAGAUACCAAGACAAAUUGAAAAAUUCUAUGGAGACUCCUUGACAAUCCCCUGUGAGUUCCAUGGACGCCCAGUGCCUAGAGUCACAUGGUUCAAUGAUACCACUCUGUUGGUGAAGGCUAAACCCAAAAGCAACACCCUGAACAUACCUUUUGUGACAGAGUCAUCCUUCCUGAGGUGUCGAGGAGAGAAUGUCGCUGGCAUGGGUGAGACCAGUGUCAUGCUGAAUGUUAAAUACAGGCCCGUUACACCAAAAUCCACCACAUUGAGACCUCCACCUGUUCUGACACAUGUAGUGAGAAUAGAAUCUUCCAUGGUUUCUCCAAAAUUGAUGGUAGUCAAGUGGAUUGUGGACCAGGGUGAUCUCUCACAAAUUGGGUAUUUUAAUUUGACAACUUUCUCUCAAGGGCAAAUUGUCAUGAGUCAAUUGAUUGGCUCCAAUCAUAGAUCUCUGAAUCUUAAAUCUGUUGAAACUGGUAACAGGUAUUUGGUCCUUAUAGAAACCUAUGGUAGACAUGGCAGUGUGUUGGCCAACUCUACACAUGAUAUAGUGGUGCCACCAUACACACCUCCCAGUUCCCCUCCAUGUCUUAAGUUAGAACUGACAGAGAUACGUGACACUUCAGUCAAAUAUGAAAUGGUACCAGUCAAUUUUAACACUGAGGCUUAUGAAUACAGAGUUGCUUUUUAUGACCUUGGCACAAAAUGGGAUAAGAGAAGUUGGUUUGACAGAAAGAGUCCUGACCCAACACCACUAUCUGUAAUCGAUAAUCUAAGGCCCUCACACCCAUAUCAGAUCCACGUUGAGCUGCUUUCCAAAAGUCAACAGUCCAUACUAAAUAUAACAUACAGCUUCCAAACAGCUCCAAAGGGAGGUUACCUGGAUCCAGUCAAACUUGUUGCUUAUUUGCAUCCCAUGACACUCUGGCCUACCACUGCAACAUCCACCCUCACAACUACUGGCAGUACAGAGUCUGACAUCACAAAUUUCACUGCUUCCAUUGGACUGUCUACAGAGAUCUCAUCCUCAGAGGCAAUAGACCCAUUGACUCUGACCACUGUUCCAGUUACUUCUGCAUCAUCUGUUACAAUCAGCACAACUGAUACUAAUAUGACUGAUACUGAUAUGACGACUGGAGUGAUCACAACUUUGGGGACAACUGUGUCAACCGUUUUUGAUGCCACUACUGAAGAUCCGAUUGAUGAAACUUAUCUAGUCUCGUCAAAAACAAGAUUUAAAUCACCAAAUAAUGCUGUGAUCAUCUGGCAAGUGGACCAGGGUAACCUAGAGAACAUCAAACAUUUUAAUGUUGCACUGUUUGACUCUAAGGGCCGAAGGAGGCUGGAUAGUGAAGUGGCUGGUAACCAAAGGUAUAUCAAUAUACAUCCAUUGCCUAAUGGCAUCUAUGUGGUCAACAUUAACGCUAAGGGAGAUGAAGGAGAAUUAUUCCAGCACAACAUUACUGUGGUUGUCCCCCCUAUGUCAAUGGAUGCAGAUUCACAAACACCAAGGCUUGAUUUGGAAGCCAAUGAGGUCAGAUCAACUGAUGUCAACAUUGUCUGGGAUGUAUUUAAUAUGCCACCAAACGCUAUCAAUGGAUACAGGGUUCAAGUGUUUGAAGAAGGUCCAAAAGGGUUAAAUUUGAUGAAUAAAACAUUAAAUGCAAACACUGGAACAUUAAGAAUCUCCAACCUUUCUCCUAACAAGCGGUACCAUGUAGUGGUUGAUGCCUUGGAUGUGGAUGCCCAAGUGAACAUGACGGCAUCUGUGACAUUUGACACGCCUCCACACAAAAGAUAUGGGAAAGCAGUCAAAGGUGCCAUGAGAGUCAUGUCACAACCUCAGAUUGCUUUGACCACCUUGGAACCAGAAAUGCCACAGAUGGACAUGUCCAUUUCCAAGAGUAAAACCCAGAUUCAAGAUGAAGAGAAUCCUGUUCAUGAUAUAAAGUGGAGCCUGAAAAACUUUCAUGACUAUGUCAUUUCUAACUAUUCAAUGAAAGUUCGACUCGAUGGACUGAAUGGGGAACUAUUGUACGAUGAAACCUUCCCACCCAACAUCCGCUACUUUUUAAUGGAGGGAAUGACUUCUGGCCGUGUCUAUUAUGUGGAGGUGAAUGCCCUGUCUGCACUUGGUUUGCCUCUUAUCAGUGUGGGAACAGAGUAUAAUCCAGAUGAAAGUCCGGAUCCACUCACAGUGUCUCAACCUUUACUUCCACUAACCACAACAACUGUUGCAGCAACAAAAAAGCCAGUCAAACUAGAACUUCAUGUCAGAUCUCUUGGAGAUGAUGAACUAGUGAUGAAUUGGAGUCUAGAGGAUAGUAACACUAAGAAUGACAUCGCUAUGUUUAUUAUAAAGGCCAAAGACCAUGAAGAUGAAUACUUGAUAUUAGAUACAUGGACAGAUAAUGAAACCUGGGAAUACAAGUUGAAGAAAGUUUUAGAUUACAGGCGCUACAACUUUAUGGUGCAAGCAGUGGAUGUGAACAAUAACACAUUAGCUGAUGCCUAUGAGACAAUUGAUAUACCUUCAGGUGAAGAGGCUGCUUUUUCACUGCCUAUAUCAACCAUUCCAAGUCCCAUGGAACCUAUUGAGCUUGACUUAAGGCUUCAAUCCCUCCGUAGUAAUGGAACUUCAAUGUACUGGACACUACAGGACCCAGACAAUAGAGUUCAACAAUUUAGAAUCACAGUUCAGGAGAUGGAUGAGAAUGGGGACAUUGUUUAUGAUAUUCUGGUCAAGAGAGAUAACCAAGAGUAUCUAGUGGAGCAGCUGGAGGAGAAUGGAAAGUAUUACUUUAUUCUGGAAGCUCUUGAUGCUUUUAAUAAUACUCUGGCCUCUGAUAAUGAGACUUAUAUUGUAUCUUUCUCUGAUGACAUUCAAGAAGAUACAACUACCACUAAUGGGAACCUCAACGAGAACACUGCUACUGAAAGUGCAAAAAAUAAUCAAGAACCUCUUAAACUGACACUGAAAGUAAUGCAAUCAAACGAAGGGACAAUGAUGCGCUGGGUGGUAGAAAAUAAAAAAAAUGCUGAAGACAGCAUUGCCAACUUCAAUAUAAUAGUUCAAGAGACAGACUCAGCUGGUGAUAGAACUCUGGAGGUAACGGUGGGAGACGCCAGUCGAGAGUAUGUUGUAGAAGAUCUGGAGAAAAAUGGAGAUUAUUACUUCACAAUUCAAGCCUUGGAUGUUGAAAACAAAAUAUUGAGCAGUGCCAGUGCUCCAUACAGAGUACCUGACCUUAAUGAGGACUACACUGAUCUAGAGGAAACUACUCCUCAGAAUAUAAAUCAUGAAUAUUAUUUAGAUCUUGAGAUUGUGCCAUUGGGAUACAACACCACUCUGAAUUGGAAAUUAAUAAAAGGGGAGACUACGCAAAUCGUCUGCGGAUUGCAUCUGUUUGUCUACAGGAACCAAUAUGGUGGAGAAACCCAUAUAAACCAAACGUUUCUUCCCACUGACAAUCACAUCACCUUGUAUGACUUGGUACCUAAAGAAGAUUAUGUGAUUGAACUAAAUGCUGUAGAUUGUCAAACAAAAGUUCUUGCAGCAGUCAGGUAUAACUACAAUCAACCACCCCCUGAUGUUGAGUUUGAGCCUAUCUUUGUUUCUUCUAGGACUACGACUAAUGGACCAUUGCAUCAAGACGGAACUAAUCUAUUCAUCACUCAAGUGGAAACUCUGAACAGCACUGCCAUAUUUGUUAAAUGGUAUGACAUGUUAUCACUUAAGGGUAACACGUCAUCACCAGCAUCACUGCGGUAUGCAGAGUUUACCAAGUCCCAACUAAUUGACUUCAUAUAUCUGAAAUUCCCUCCCAAUCAAACUGAAACCAUCAUCAUCAACUUAAAACCUGGACAAAGUUAUAUGUUUCAAAUAGCACCCUGGUCAGAAAACAUUGAAGAUGACAGUUGGAGCAAGCUGGUACUAAAAUCAACACAAGCAAGCUGAAAAUUCAUUUGACAAAAGAGAAGCACAAGUGAUAAACAGCAGAGAAGUAUAGUAGUGUUUUGCAUUCAAAGAAUAUAGUUGGUUUCAAUUCAAUGAACAUAUAUAUAUAUACAUAUAUUUGUAUGAAAGUUAUGUUAAUAUUUUAUUUUUGUGAAAGAUGCUUGCUGAUACAAUCACCAAUUUAUUUAAAAUGUGUGAAAAGCAUUUUUAAUCAUCUUCUUAUGUUCAUUAUUUCAAUCAAUUUAUCAUUGUCUGAUAUAGUGUAUAAUAUUGUCUGAUAUAGUGUAUAACAUUGUCUGAUAUAGUGUAUAACAUUGUCUGAUAUAGUAUAUGAUAAAGUGUAUGAAUGAAAACCUUGUCUUUUGUGUCUCUGACCAGAACAUUGUGUUGACCACAUGAAAGCUUAUAGAGUUCCUUUGUCCAUAACUUUGUGCUACUUCUUGAUCUAGUGUUUGUUUCUGUAAAAUAUGACAUUGGAUGAAAAUGCAAUUAAAUUCAACAGUUCUGUUUUGGCUUUUGGAGAAAUUAAGUUCCCCCCCCCCCCCCCCCCCCCCGAAAACUAGUUGUUGUUUUUUUCCCUCACUCCUAGUCUUAUGUUUUUAAAACUGAUGGAUGAAUGUCAAAAUAUAUUACACAGUACUUUAGAGCACUACAUGAAAAUGUAGUGGUGUUGAUGUGCUUCACAAUAAAUACAAUUUUGUAAACUAGUGAACAUGAACUUAUAUUAAAAUAAAGUAUUCUUUGUUACUGUA